GUAACAAAUAGCUCCUUUGAUAUAGCUAAACAAAUUUACCAGCCCAAAAUGUGUGACGUGACUGACGUCUUGUCAAAAUGGCGGCGCCCUUGACCAGUCGGUGUGCGUUAUUAGGGGCCACGCUUCGCCAACUAUCCAUUGGUGGCACCCCCUUUUUAGGAGCACGGGGAAUUCACUCCACUGCUGUCUGUUAUAAGAAUCGGGCAGCUCGUAUCCGCGUUGGCAAAGGGGACCGACCCUUGACCUAUGAGCAGGCCCUCCAUCCACACCAGAUCGGCCAUCGCAAGGGCUGGCUGUCUGCACACAGCAGUAAUCUGCAUGAGGAGGAAGGCGCUGCUGACAGGACCUUAGAGGAUGUCUUCAUUCGCCGUUUUAUUUUCGGCACAUUCCACGGUUGCCUGGCCGACGAGCUGGUCAUCAAACGCCGCGGCAACAUCAUCUAUAUAUGCGCCCUGAUGGUUCAGAAGUUGCCGCCCCAGAAGUUCUACUUCCUGCUUGGCUACACAGAAACGCUGCUCUCCCACUUUUACAAGUGCCCCGUGAAGAUGGACAUACAGACGUUGGAUCAAAGGGCAGUUUAUAAGUAUGUGUAACUGCACGUCUGAAAGCAGCAGCAGCACCACCACCACCACCACUUCCAGUUGAUUGGCAGGCAGAAGUGGCAAGUCACCAAGGGGAAAAAUAGUUUUGAUAAUGACAGAACCAGUCAAGUGUCUGUUGUCCAUUAAGCAUAUUUCAUGUAAUUUAAUGUAUAUAAGAAUAGUUGAAAUGGGAUAUUCUUUCUGUGCUGUCUUUAGUAUUGUGUAUGUGUCCAUAAAAAAACUCUGCUUUGAAAGGAUUAAAAAUGUUACUGGAAGUCA